CGGGGAACUUAUUUCUCUGUAACACCGGAAACCGUGUUUCGCUAACAUGCGUCUGUAGCAGCAGUGACUUGUUUUCUUCGGUGUACACCUAGUUUUUAACUUUAUCCGUGUUUUCACGACAAUGUCCGGCAGGUCGGAGCUAAAGAUUAACUCCCGGUUCGCGCAGAGGUAUGAGAAGUACCGGCAGAAGGAGGAGCUGCAGAAGCUGAAGGACCGGUUCGGAGACCGAGCCGAUGAGAGCGACUCCGACUCGUCCGAGUCCAGCUCUGACGGCAGCGACGUGGAGCUGGACCCUGAUGCGGAGAGGGACUUCUACAGAACUCUGUCGCUGCUGAAGAAGAAGGACCCAAAGAUUUAUGAGAAAGAUGUCAAGUUUUACUCAGAAGAGUCGCCCCACAGUGAAGCCAAGCCGUCAACGUCGAAGAGAGACAAAGUGAAGCCGAUGUAUCUGAAGGACUAUGAGCGUAAAGUCAUCCUGGAGAAGGAAGGCAAAUAUGAAGAUGAUGAUGGCGACGAAAGCGAUGACGAGGAGGCUGCUACGAGAAGAGAGAGGGCCGCCUCCCCGAGCUACAUCCAGGAGCAGAGGGAGCUGAGGGAGAGCCUUCGGAAGUUUGUCGAGGACAGCGAUGAGGACGCCGGGGAUGAAGGAGCGUCGUACCUUCUCACCAGGAGAAUCAAAACACAGGAAGAGAAGGAUAAAGAAGAGGCGGAAUAUCUGGACUGGCUGAAAGGCCAAGCUGAGCUGGAUGGUCCAGAGGAGGUGAAGGACAUGAAAUACUUGAGAGACUACUGGAAUGACCCGGAGCUGGAUGAGAAGGAGCAGUUCCUCCGGGAUUACAUGCUGAACAAGGGCUACCUGGAGGACGAGGACCCAGACGAACGGAUCCCGACUUACGACGAGGUGGUCCAGGAUGACUCGGAGGAGGAGGGAGAGGCGUUCCUGGAGCGUCAGGAGGAUUUUGAGAGAAGCUACAACUUCCGCUUCGAAGAGCCCGACGCCCAACAGGUGAAGACCUACCCCCGAACCAUCGCCACGUCCGUUCGCUCCAAAGACGACCGCCGGAAACGCAAACGGGAGGAAGUGAAGGAACGGAAGCAGAAGGAGAAGGAGCAGAAGCAGGAGCAGCUGAAGCAGCUGAAGAACCUGAAGAGGAACGAGAUCAUGGAGAAGCUGAAGCAGCUGCAGGAGCUGACGGGAAACGAGCAGCUGGCUUUCAGCCAGGACGACCUGGAGGGAGACUUUGACCCCAAACAGCACGAUCGCCUCAUGCAGAAAUUCUUUGGAGAUGAAUAUUAUGGAGGAGAGGAAGAGGAGAAGCCUCAGUUUGAGGAUGACGAUGAGCUGGAGGAGCACUGGAACUGGGACACCUGGACAGGAGAGGGACAGGAGGAAGACUACGGUGAAGAGGAGUGUGAUGGAGAAGACGCCGCUGGACCCCACUGUGAGGAUGAAGGGUUCAUCAUGGACGCCGACUACGACCCCAGCCAGCACACCGCCUCCAAGAAGAAGAAGAAGGAGAGGAAGAAGAUGAGGAAGGAGGACCUGCCGCAGACGGGCAAAAAGAAAAAGAAGUCCCACUUUGCAGAGGUCGUCACCAGAAGCAAGCCCGUGUUUGAUCCCGAGGAGAAGACCUUUGAGCAGUACCUGGACGAGUUCUACAAGUUGGACUACGAAGACAUCAUCGACGACCUCCCCUGCAGGUUUCGCUACAGGCAGGUUCUGCCCAACGACUUCGGCCUGACCACGAACGAGAUUUUAAGUGCCGACGACAAGGAGCUGAACCGCUGGUGCUCUCUGAAGAAGACGUGCAUGUUCAGGUCCGAGAAGGAGGAGUUCAGUGAUCUGAAGAACUAUCAAAUCAAAGCACGGAACGUGAAGAAGAAGAAGGAAAUCCUGAGCUCGGUGUUUUCUGAGGAGGAUAAAGAAGGUCCAGAGGCGAACGCCAAGCUGGGAAAGAAACGUCGGGAUCGACUGAAGAAGGCGGAGAAGCAAGGAGCAGAUGUCAGCGCAGCGUCUAACGAGGAGUCUUCAGAGGAGGCGCUUAGCCGUGUCCUCAAAGACACAGCGGACAACUCGGAAGAAGAGGAGGAGGUCUUAAUACCAAAGAAGAAGAAGCGAGAAGAGGAGGCUGUUGCAACCGAGAAACACGUUAAAGUGAACGACGGGAGAGAAAAACCGAAAGGGUUCAAGAAGAAGCCCAGACCUCCAGGUGGUCGUCCCAAACCUGGAGCUAAAGGGGUGAAGAUCGGCGGGCGAGAGUUCACCGGUCAGAGACUGAAGGCCUACGGCCUGAACCCCAAGAGACUGUUCUUCAGACAGCUGGGCAGGCAGAGGCGGAAGGCCGAGGAGAAGCAGCUCAGGCAGAAAAACAAGGAGGGAUAGCGCCAGCAGCGUUUUCAGUGUCCUGCUUUUAAUUAGAGCUGUCUGAAAGACAGGCGAGUCUGCAAAACUGCAUUAAAAUCACGUAAAACCU